AUGUUUUUGAAAGCUAGCAUAGAAAGGAUUUUAACUGAUGCUGGUACUAGACGAAAAGAAAAUGUUGAAUUGAGAAAAGCUUGUGAAGAGUCUCUCGAGCAACUUAAUGCAGAAUUACAGACUUUUGGGCAGCAACAAACAGAAAAUGGAACGGGGCCGUCUUGUGCUAUUUUGCCUAAUGGAAAUAAUAUUUUUUUGGCUGACCGGUAUUUUCCUCCUUUUGAAUUGGCAUGCCAAAGUAAAUCCUCCAAAAUUGUUAUAAAUGCUUUGGAUUCACUUCAGAAAUUAAUUUCCUAUGGCCAUUUAAUUGGUAAUCAACCAGACAGUGAUAAUCCUGAACAAUUACUUAUUGAUAGAGUUGUUCAAGCUAUUUGUGCUCCAUUCCAAGGUCCCCACACUGACGACGCCGUUCAACUUCAAAUAAUUAAGGGAAUUCUUGCAUUAAUUCUCAACCAGACUUGUCGAAUCCACGAAAGUUCUUUAUUGCUUGCUGUGCGUACUUGCUUUAAUAUUUAUUUGGCUAGCAAAAGUCCAAUUAAUCAAUCGACUGCAAAGGGUAUUUUGACACAAACAAUUAAUUAUGUUUUUACAAAUAUGGAGAGAACUGUGGUUGACACUGCUGUUAUUCCUUUUGAUGAAAAUUCGGUUGUAAAGGAUGUUCUCGAUUCUGUAGUUUAUCAAGUUAGUACAUCACUCGAUUCUUGUCAAUAUGAGAAUGGGGAACAGGAUUUGAAGUCAACAAAUAUCGAUUUUAACGAGCCUCUCAGUCCAAAUGAACAAAAUAUAAUUUUAAAUGGUUCAAUUCAUUCAUCUUCCCCAAGUUAUUAUUAUGGAAUAAAUGGAUCUAGUGAAAAUACUACAGAUUUAAAUGUUACAACAAAUGGGGGAACUCCUAGACAAUUACAACAACAAAAAUUAGAAUUUAAUUCAAUUGAGGAAAAAGAUGCUUUUUUAAUUUUUAGAGCACUUUGUAAACUUUCAAUGAAACAUUUGCCUGAUGAACAAGAUCCAAGAAGUCAUGAACUUCGAUCAAAAAUUCUUUCACUUGAAAUGAUUUUACUUGUAAUGGAGCAUAUAAAUGGUCAACCAUUACCUGAUCAUCACAGUUUUGUUUAUGCAAUUCGGCAUUUCUUGUGUGUCGCUUUAACACAAAAUGCUGUUUCUCCAACAAUUACAGUCUUCGAAAAAGCACUUUCAAUAAUUGUUCAAUUAAUAAAUAAAUGGAAAUCACAUUUAAAAAAACAAUUGGAAGUAUUUUUUAAAGAAAUUUUACUUUCAAUUCUUGAAAGUCCUUCAAGUUCGUUUGAACAUAAAUGGGCAGUUUUAAAUGCUUUGAGUAAAAUUUUUGAUGACUCGCAAAGUGUGGUGGAUAUUUAUGUUAAUUAUGAUUGUCAUAUGACUUCUGCUAAUAUUUUUGAAGAGUUGAUUUCUCAUUUGGCUAAAAUUGCUUCAAGUUAUUCUUCGGACCCUUCCUCCCCCACACAUGGUCAACAAAUUGCAAAAGAUCGUGAAAAACGGAUGCGUGAAUUGGCGUUGAAAUGUUUAGUUAAGGCUUUAAAAUGUCUGGUUGCUUGGUAUGAGGAUAUGGAAAUUGGGAAAGAAGUAUCUAUUCAAUAUCCAGCAGAAGAGCAGCAACAGCCUCUUCAACUUUCUACUGAAGGAAGUGCUGCUGACGUUAAUCAAAUUGUUCAGGUCAAACAACAAAAAAGCCUUAUCGAAUCAGGCAUUGAUUUAUUCGCUAAAAAGCCUGCUCAAGGCCUCGCAUUUUUACACUCAAAAGGCUUCAUUGGCACAGAACCAGAAGAUAUAGCAGCAUUUUUUCAUGCUGAAGAACGUUUGGAUAAGUCAGUUAUUGGCGAUUAUCUCGGUGAUGGAGAUUCAUUUAACCAAAAAGUUAUGUAUUCUUAUGUUGAUACUUUUGAUUUUUCUGGUGUUAAUAUUGUUCAAGCUUUGCGUACUUUGCUCAAUAAAUUUAGACUUCCCGGUGAGGCUCAAAAAAUUGAUAGAAUAAUGGAAAAAUUUGCUAGCAGGUAA